AGUACCUUCCGACUCUCACAGAUCAAAGUGACUUCCCCAAAAACAAAUUACAUUUAAUUCACUAUUUAUUUAUUUAAAUUUCAACGGAAAAAAAAAUGAAUCAACUGGUGAUCUUUGCGGCUCUGAUAGCUUCCACUUUGGCUUACGGUCGUUAUCGUCCUAACUACCACUCGCUGAGAGAGUCCACGCCUUACGAGUUCGAGUAUGACGUCAACGACGGUGACAAUCAGCACGGCCAUCGGCAACGGAGCGACGGUCGUGUCACGUCGGGAUCGUAUCGCGUCGCUCUACCUGACGGCCGUACGCAAAUCGUUACCUACCGGGCUGAUCAUAACGGAUACAACGCCGACGUGACUUACGAAGACUCCGAUUAUAAUCCUACCCGGUUGACUUACCGCCCCGCUGCCCCGCAAUCCUAUUACCCGCUUGCCCCGUCAAGUUACUACCCACCUGCCCCGUCAAGUUACUACCCGCCUGCCCCGACCAGUUACAACCCGCCUGCUCCUCAACCUUUGAUUUUCAGGACACCUUCUCAUUACCAACAGUCACCUUUGCCUAAGCCACUGAUUUUUAGGGCCCCUUCUAGCACUUCUCCAGUUGUUGGAGAACAGGUCAGGCCGUUCUACACAUCGCCGGCCGUCCCCCCGUUCGGAGCUCCAGCCCUGCAAGAUUACGUUGCAUCGCAGGAAGCUUCUCCGGCCCCUGUUCCUCUUCUUUUCAGGAACAACGUCGCUUACAAAGUGACCCCGCACGCCGCCUACAGGGACCGCAUUCCGCUUGAAUACAGGCCGGCCUUCGCUAAACGAUCGCUGCCCAUCGAUCUGUGGAACGAGACGUCCAUCCUUGACGUUCUGCCCAGUCCGGCGGAAGUAGAGGCGGAAGUCAACGUCGUCCAAGACAACGAAGAAGUUAAUCCCGCUGCUGACGUCGUCCAAGUAGCGGCCGAAUCGCCUAAAGCUGAGGCAAACGAAGGAUUGGGUUACGCAACGUCAGACGAUGCGGACCUCCUGCCCGAGGCAUUUGAAGCACCUGAAGCUCGAACGGAUUCUCCGUCCGAUUCGGACGUGAUCGAAUUCGAUGAUCUUCCGUUUCCCCUUCCAUUGCCGUUAGCCUUUAGGUCUUAUGCUGUUUAAAACAAAAAAAACGUAUAAAGGUGAGAUCCUUUUAUUUUCAAUUUUCAUUUUUUAAGAGAAAUUUCAUUAUCAUAUCCACGAGUGUUCAUUCCCCCCCCCCCCCCUAUCGUGAUUGUUGGCUCAAUAUAAAAUACAAGUUUCAUUUACAAC